UAUUACGAACGGGGCGCUAGUGAAUUUAUAAGGAGAUGCUGUGUGACAGUCAUAGAUGAACUUUAACAAAGUAGGCUCCCUAGUUCACUCGUUUUGCCUACAACAUGCAGUCGCCGACAUUUGGACGAAUCUAACCGCGCAGUUCGGGACAAGUCUGCGGAACAACGGUGCGCUUUCUGGACAUUUCAUUUCAUGCCAAUGCGACGUAACUUGAAUCGUUUCUACACGUCAAGGAAUAUUAGUUCUGGAUUCUUUGUUUACCAGGACUGAACUCUUUCGGGUAGAAGGCGUGGUGUGUGAUGAACCUAGAGAGUGCGUGUGGUUACCAGGUCGGGGCGCGGAGCCCGCGGGAAGUGAUGGAGCAGAAAGUCCAAGGUCAGCUGAACUUUGGCUUCCAGAGGAGUUCCACGUCAGACGACGACUCAGGCUGUGCCCUGGAAGAGUAUGCCUGGGCACCGCCUGGCCUCAGACCCGAACUGGUCCAGCUGUAUUUCUCCUGUCUGCCUGAGGACAAGGUUCCUUACGUUAACAGUCCUGGAGAGAAGUUCAGAAUCAAACAACUCCUCUAUCAGCUGCCUCCACAUGACAACGAGGGCCGCUACUGUCAGUCUCUCAGUGAGGAGGAGAAGAAGGAGCUCCACAUGUUCAGUGUCCAGAGGAAGAAGGAGGCGCUGGGGAGGGGCUCUCUCAAGCUCCUGCCCCGGGACCUGCUACACAGCAUCUGUGAACAUUGUGGGGAGAGCAUCAACGGAGGGGAGAUGACGGUUUUUGCCUCCAGAGCGGGUCCUGGGCUGUCCUGGCACCCAGCAUGCUUUACGUGCUCCACGUGUAGUGAGCUGCUGGUUGACCUCAUCUACUUCUACCAGGAUGGGAAGAUCCACUGUGGCCGACACCACGCAGAGCUGCUCAAGCCACGUUGCUCUGCCUGCGACGAGGUUAUCUUUUCUGACGAGUGUACGGAGGCGGAGGGGCGUCACUGGCACAUGAAGCACUUCUCCUGUUUUGAAUGUGAGACGGUGCUGGGGGGUCAACGUUAUAUCAUGAAGGAUGGUCGGCCAUAUUGCUGCGGCUGCUUUGAGUCUCUCUAUGCCGAGUACUGCAAGGCCUGCGGGGAACACAUUGGUGUGGACCACGCCCAGAUGACGUACGACGGUCUCCACUGGCACGCCACCAAGGGUUGUUUCUGCUGUGCCCAGUGUAAGAGCUCUCUGCUGGGCUGUCCCUUCCUGCCCAAGCAGGGCCGGAUCUACUGCUCCAAGGCCUGCAGUCUGGGAGAGGACGUCCACGCCUCAGACUCCUCCGACUCUGCCUUCCAGUCCGCGCGCUCCCGCGAGUCCCGCCGCAGCGUCCGCAUGGGCAAGAGCAGCCGCUCAGCCGACCAGUGCCGCCAGUCGCUCCUCUUCUCGCCCUCCGUCAACUACAAGUUCCCCGGGUUUACCGGUAACCCAGACACCGAUACGCUCACCAACAAGCUGGCCCACCUGGGUUUAACCAACGAGGAGUGCUUCUGGAGGGGGAGGGAGGACACAGAGGGCCCCGAGGACCGGGGCGAGGAGGAGUGGGCUGAGCACGAGGACUACAUGACCCAGCUGCUGCUCAAGUUCGGGGAGCACGGAGUCUUCCAGCAAGGUGAGGUGGUCGACUCCAGACCUACAACCGAUCUGUGGAUGACCGAGGCUGAGGUCAAGAUGAAACAGUGUGAGCCUCAGAGCUCUAGGGCUGAGACUGGAGGAGGAUGUGGAGGAGGGUCAGGCAGCCAGAGCCUGGCCAGUAAGAAGUACCAGACAGAUAUGUACUGGGCCCAGUCCCAGGACGGGCUGGGGGAUUCGGCCUACGGGAGCCACCCUGGCCCGGCCAGCAGUAGGAAGCUCCAGGAGCUGGAGCACGGCGCUGGGAGCAUCGGAGGUACCAGCCUCCAUAGGGAGGAGAAGCAGUGGUAUGACAACUCUCUGGAGUGCAUCACAGACAACGUGAAACGGACAGAUCAGAGUGUCAGGGACUCCAUGGACUCACUGGCACUGUCCAACAUCACGGGUGCCUCUGUAGAUGACGACAGUAAAGAGAGACCUCUGGUCUACUCCUUACAGAGCUUCCAGGAACUCGAGGCUGAGAGAGACUGUGAGAACACAAGCAACAUGGGAACUCUCAACUCCUCCAUGUUACACCGCAGUGCCAAUUCCCUGAAGAGCCUUACAUCUGAGCUGGAGCAGGAGGAGAACGUACCAGAGGAAGAGGCCCCUCUUCCCUCUCCCCCCAAGCCUCCUCAUGUCCCGGCGUUGAGACGGACUCGAUCCCAGUCUCGACCCCAACAGGUGAAGUUCUCCCCAGACGUCGUGGACAACAGUCGCUAUGGUGAUCUGCAGGUGCGCCAGCCUCCGAUGAGCGAGCGGACGCGGCGGCGAGCAUACCAUUUCGAGGAGCAGGACCAGGAGAUUGGUGACUCGAGCUCCGGCCGCUAUCACAACCACCACCACAGGAGACGCCGCAGCCGCAAGUCACGCUCCGACAACGCUCUCCACCUGGUGCCCAAGGAGAGGGCCAAUCGCAUAUACUUCAGAGAGGACCACAGAGGUCAUGGGGGACACGGCUGCAGCUCAAAGAGGCCCCAGCAGCUGGCCUUCCUGCCCAACCAGCAGGGGUAUGGCCAGACCCAGCAUCCCCACUGCCAUCCCCACCAAGCCACCUCAGACUUCAGACUCCAGCAAGGCCCUGCCAUGGAGAGGUUCAUGGGGUUGUGUGGGGACAGGGACCAGGAUGACUGGUGCUCCACCUGCUCCUCUUCUUCCUCUGAGUCUGAGGAGGAAGGCUUCUUCCUGGGCCAGCCCAUCCCCCAGGCACACAGACACUACUAUGAUGGCCUGCCCAGCCCCAGCCACGUGGCAGGCCUGCCCUCCCCGCCUUACGGAGCAGUCCCACGGACUAUGUCCAAAAAGAAGAAGGGGCACAAGGGGAAGAACUGUAUCAUCUCAUAAGACUUUUAAAUGAUCCUCUGUCUGCAACCCCCUUCUGAAUCUCAUUGUUGUUGCCACUAUUGUGAAUACAGAAAUGGCCCGCUUGUUAAAACUGUCUUUUGCCAACUGGAUGUAAUACAUGUUAACAUGGCUCGGAUACUAUUAUUGAAUUGCAUUACAAAAAAAACAGAGUUGCAUAAACACAUUUCAAAACUGUCAUCAUAAUUGUAUUAGAAAAAAAUGUAUGCAAAUAACUCUGAACAAAUGUAUUUAUAAAAACACCAUUUAGAGAGUAGCGGAAAUUACUAUUUAACAGUGCAGAUAUUAAUGUAUAUAUUGUAAAGUGUAAUUGUUUUUAUAACCCUGGGUCAAAUGUUUUUGUAGUGGAAUGGCAUUGAAAGACAAAACUGAUAGCAGUUAUCAAAGAACCUUCUCUUUUCUUUAACCAGGGUUUGAAAAAUGAAAUAUAUGAUAUGCUGCCAGCAAAGGUAUUCAGAGUGCAGAGUUUGACCCUGGGCCUGGUUUCCCAAAAGCUAUUUCCUGGUUGCUAAAAUUCAAAUAGUUCCCCUAAUUUCAGUUUGUGUGACAAAACAAGCAAGUAUAGUACCAUUUGGGGGGGGGGGGGGGGGGACAGGUAGCCUAGUGGUUAGAGUGGAGGGGCGGCAGGUAGCUUAGUGGUUAGAGUGGAGGGUGGGCAGGUAGCCUAGUGGUUAGAGUGGAGGGGCGGCAGGUAGCCUAGUGGUUAGAGUGGAGGGGUGGCAGGUAGCCUAGUGGUUAGAGUGGAGGGGCGGCAGGUAGCCUAGUGGUUAGAGUGGAGGGGCGGCAGGUAGCCUAGUGGUUAGAGUGGAGGGGCGGCAGGUAGCCUAUUGGUUAGAGUGUUGGGCCAGUAACCAAAAGGUUGCUGGAUCAAAACCCUGAGCUGACAAGGUAAAAAUCUGUCGUUCUGCCCCCUGAAUAAGUCAGUUAACCCACUGUUCCCCAGUAGGCCGUCAUUGUAAAUACGAAUUUGUUCUUAACUGACAUGCCUACUUAAAUAAAGGAUAAAUAAAAAAAACAUCUAAACUGCUGUGAAAUAUAUUUUCCAUAACCCAACAUUUUUUUUUCUUCAUUUUUCAGCUGUACUAAACAGACACAAAAACUAAACUUAAGAUGGGAGGCAUAGAAAUAGCUAACAUAGAACAGAUCUACCACCUCUUAGACUUGCUUUCAAUGAGAAUGACAGAUCUAUAACUCACAUCUCUGUGAAUUUGGUCGGGUCACCCAAAAUAAGUGACAUAUUCCAGCUUUAAGGCCCAGUUCUCCAUUAGAACCUUCGUUAGAACAUCCAUUAGAACCUCCGUUAGAACCUUCGUAGGAGCAUCGUUAAAUCUCCAAGCUGUUUCGCAAAACCACCUUUAACGUUGCACUUAAAACGCUAUUAAGCUAACAUGCUGACCACACAGCUCACGUCACAAAAUACAAUUUAAACAUGUUAUUCGAUCAUUGAAUCUGCAUUGCCAAGUGCUAAAAUAUAAGUCAGUUCUAGUGCAAGUUCUGCCUCUCUCAUCUCAUUGGUUUAUAGAAGCAUAUGCCCACGUGCCAACUCCUCUUUUGAAAUACCCACGUGGGUGAUUAAAAGAUGAACAGAGGUCAGUCGGGCGUGGUAAUACACCUUUUUAUGAAAGUUAGUUGCCAAUCGCCAUAUAAAGUCCAAAGAAGAAAAAUCCUGGAAGGAAGAGAGAUGACUAGAAACGAUUCGGUUGACCGUUUUUCUCUGUGGAUUAAUUGUCGGAGUAGAGGACCUUGUGCAUUUCACUUAAAAUAACCAAAAUGUUUAUAUCCCAGGACAAAUUAGCUAGCAACAGCAAGCUAGCUAGUUAAAUUGCCAUAAAUGUUCAUGCUUUUCAACCAGUCCCCAAAUGUAUAUAAUUGGUUCAGAGUUUGUUUUGAUAUUUCAACCUGCGUGUCGUGAUCGCGUUUGGUGUGUUGUGGACAAAAUACAUUUUCGCACAAUGGCAUGCGCGAGCCUGGUUUGGGGAUGGCGAGCGCGGUUUGGGUACGGUGUUACGCCUACUUCAGACCACUUGUAGAACAGCUAAGUGCAUCAACUACUUUUUUGCCCUCCCGCGUCGUCACUUUAUACACAGAAGAUAAACAUAAACCAUUUGAUUCUAUCAGUCUCCCUGUGACCACCGAUAACAUCUGAUCAAAGUUGACUACAAAUAUAAUGUUGCGUAAAGGUCUUAGCAAUUGAUACAAUCGACGUAUAAAAACAUUAAAAUAAAAACCAGGAUGACUGCAUUCAAAUAUAAAACGGUAGGCUAUAGGAAUGUUUCAAUCAUAUUUAAAUACAUUUCAUGUUCGGUCAAUUGAGUUCCUUUUUGCUACUUGUAGGCUACAGUCUAAUUUGCCACAAUAUAUUUAAUGAUGUCAAAUCAAAUGUGUAGCUGAACAUGGUGUGCCAAAUCGGUGAUUUAAUGCAUUUCUAUUGGGUAAGCAUUAGAAUAAACCACAAUAUUUGCAGCCAUAGGUGGUAAUCACGCUCUAGGAGCUGAUCCGUCGUAAGUAUUGUGAAAUAAUGCUAAUGUUAAGGUAAGAUUUUAAUAUAGAGAGCUGAUCCGAGAGCAGCGUUCCUUUCUUUCGAUCCCAUCAGUAUCAACACAUACUGCCGACGAUGCACUAAGUGACCGUUCUCUCUGCGUGGCGUUUUGGGAAACGCAUGCUACAUCUUCAACCGUUGUAGGAAAGAUGCAUCGUUAAAAAAAACACUUGUAAACCUAAGUUCCAUCGCUAUGGGGAAACCGGGCCUAGGAUAUUUCUACAUGUGCCUUUUAAUGCAGUAUAUUUUGUUCAUGGGUCAUAUUGUAUUGUAAACAGAUCAGUCAUCUGUAUAAAUGUAAGAACUGGAAUAUAAAAGGCUAAGUUUGAUGCUAAUAAAAUUGUAAUAAAAAAUAUAUAUUAUAAACGUAA